UUUUCCGGUGUAAACUACAGUGACGUCAUUCCCGGCUGUUUUUUGUGUUUUUUUUUUGUUGUGAUUUAUGCCGUUUCUCGAGGACACAUCUGUCCGCGGAGGAGGAGCAGCGGUUCGGCUGAGGCUCGGUAUUAAAAGGAUGACAAACAGCUGAUUCACCCAGAACCAGGACCGGGACCAGGACCAGGACCAGGACCAGGAGCAAGUAGUGACUGACCCGGGUCUGGAACCCACUUACCUGUACCUCUUCAACUAUACAAGCUGCGAUGGCGCCGGUUUUACCCGGGACUGGACCAUCCUGGGACUGGGACUUUGAUGCGGUGCAGCCCUACUUCCUGCCAGAGGAGGAGGACCCCCUGGCGCCUCCCCCCUCGGUGCCAGCUCCUCCGGGCCCUGGCGAGGACAUCUGGAAGAAGUUUGAGCUUCUGCCGCCGCCGCCGCUCUCCCCCAGACGGAGGUUGUUGGCACCGGACGUCCCGCCGUGGGCCACGGAGCAGCUGUUGGACGGUGACCGUGGCCCCCCCUCAGCUCAGGCCCCCCACUCCGCCCUCCUGCAGUCCUUCAUCAUCCGGGACUGCAUGUGGAGCAGCAGCUUCACCGCCUCCGCCAAACUGCAGCAGGUGUUGUCACAGCGGCCACAGCCGGACCAAUCAGAGGGAGCAGGGGAAGGCCAGGGGGGUGUGGCACAAGGGGGAGUGGCCAGGGGGGCGCCGGGUGCCUGCCGGCAGCCUGCGCCUGCACUUCUGCCUGCGCCUGCGUUGACCCUUCGGCCGUGUGGUGCAGUGUUCCAGACUCCCCUCUGCUCAGCCAAACAGGUGAGAGGCUUUUAUUUUGAAAAGGCGUGGCAGCGGUCCAGACCAGACUCCGCCCCUCUGGUCCUGAAGCUCUACAUCAACAUCCACCAGCACAACUACGCUGCCCAACAGCUGCUGGGAAACGGACCAAGAGCAGGCCACGCCCACAGGACUCCUCCAUCAGACGGCGAGGAUGGCGUCGAGCGGCGGCGGACUCACAACGACCUGGAGCGUCAGCGCAGGAACGAACUGAAGGCCAGUUUCCUGACACUGAGGGACGAGGUUCCGGCCGUCGCACGCAACGACAAUGCGGCGAAGGCGCUGAUCCUGAAAACGGCGGCGGUCAUCAGACAGAUGAGGACGGACGAGGAGCGGCUGUGGCCACGAAGGCGGAGCUGA